CAGAUCUGUCCAACAUAGGGGAAUCCGGCCGCGACGCCGGGAAUCCUCCGUGGUACGACUGCCUGAUUGGAAUGCAAAUGUCGGUUGGAGGUGUCCAUGGUGUCCUUGUGGCAUCCUCUCCAGACGCGGCCAUGUACAGACUGAAGUUGUUGGGCUCGACACGAACGGUCCUUGUGACAGUGGAACAAGCACUCCGAGCUAAGCGGAAACAACUCGAUGGUGUAAACGUGACUUUGAGGGACCGCGGCACUGGCAUCAUCCGGUCGUUAGACCCCAAGUCUGAGAUUCUACCUCAAUUCUCGUCGAACGCAAUCAGCGACAUGUGCGCGAUCGAAUGGACCGACCCAAACAAAUGUCCACCAUAUGAAGUGUCAUUUGCCGAAGUGCUAGAGCAUGCAGUGGACCCGUUCCUUGGCGUGGCGCUCCAGAACACGUACGAUUCGAACCAGGUGUACACAUUGAGGUUGUCCAAGGCUGUCAUCCUCCAAGGCGUGUUGUACUAUGAAGCCAAGUUCGACGACGGUGAUGUCGACCUCCUCUCGAAGGAAGAAGUCCUUCAGAUGAUGAACCCCUCCGACCUUCGAGAGAUCGUUGUACCUAUCGAAGAAGUCACGGCACCUCCUCUCCUCGCAUCGCAACCGCCACGGCCAUUCCACAUCGUUUCAGAGUCAGGUCAGAACGCACCAGGGGCGUGUCUAUCUAGCGCCGCGAUCGUUCCCUUCCAAACCGUGCCAACUGAAGUCACCACCAAGAGCGGUAGCAACACCAUCUCGACGAUUCGUGCACCGUAUCAACGUGUGCCGUCCGCACCAUCGACACAAUCGGACAAACGGUUGGCCCUUGCGAAUGGAUGGUCAUCCGUCAUGGUCGAUCUCCGCCAAGCGAUCGCAAACCACCACCGGUUGCAUAUCGACGGGACCCAUGUCACGUGCUAUGGUGACGGCAACUCCGUCAUCUUUUGCCUUCCCACGUCGACGUGCACAGGCUUUUUCGGCAAAAUGAAGACGGAUACGCCGCUGACCCUUGGCCCGAUUGCCAUGUACGCCAAGCAUCGCCACCUGAGCUAUGCCGAGUACCUGCGCCUGUGCCGCGCGGACAAGGUCGACAUUAUGUCCAUCGCAGAUAUCAAUGCGCUGCACCCGUUUCUAAAUGGACGGAACGACCCGCCGCCGGGGUACACUGCGAAUCGGCUCGACAUGGCUUUCAACUUUCCUCCUGGAAACGCCCUACCGGCAACCUCGAGCCUCCCCGAAUCGCCCGCCACGGCGGCGACCUCGAGCCUCGCUGAAUCACCCGUCACAGCGGCGACCUCGAGCCUCGCUGAAUCACCCGUCCCAACGAAGGACGUUUCGGUUCGAAUGACGGUCGCUGUUCCUGUCACCCCGACCAAAGAAGAACGCAACGGAAGCCCCUGCACCAGUGACGACGAGCCGUUGAUAGCCCAGAAGCAGCGGCGCCGGUCCAAGUACAAGCGCAAGAUGUCCUCGGGCAGCAGUCGCAACGUGGCCGACAUGGCCAUCAAACAUGACAACAACCAGGCGUUGGACAUACCGCCAUCCGCCAACCCCGAGCUGAAACGCACCAAGGCAACGACAGCUAACACCGUCACUAGCUCUCCGACAUCGUCACCAACGUCGUUCGGUACCGAACGAGUCGUGUCGGUGACGGUGCACAGCGUUGGGCUGCGCAUGUCGCUCAAGGAGCUGCCUGGCAACCGGUAUCCCAUCGUUGGGUCGUUCAAGCGCGGGCCGCGCGACGAAGUGGGCGAAGUCGAAUUGGCCAAGACCGUCCAUGUCGGCGCGGAACUCACACACGUCGGCGCCACACACGUCGCGCGCAUGACCGUCGGCGCCGUCGUCGACUUGAUCAAGAUCAUCAAGCGGCCGACAACGUUUACGUUUCGAAAUCCAGGCCAUGCGCCACCAUCAUGACAAUAUUACGACCUGUUUGUUGUAAACAUCGAUAUACGGUGGUCUCAUUCAAA